CGCAUGAAUUGUACAAUAUCUUAAGAAAUGUUAACAAAACCUCUUCUCAACCAUUUAUCGCAUAUUUAUUACAACACCACUCUUUCAUCGCUGUGCAUUUAAUUCCAUCGCAUUAGGAAAUCAAAGUUAAUCACCAUCAAUUUCUUAAUCACCAUCGCAAUAAAAUCAGAGAUAGAGUCUAUCGCAUAUCUGUUUGAGUAAUCCCUGCGUUCGACCCUAGACUUACCAGGACCCUAAGAAGACUUAUAUUUGGGCUUCGUUAGGAAAACUUGCAUGAUCAUCGUACCCACACACCCUUCCAUCGCAUGAUAAACCAAUGCAUCAAUUAUACUUUCUGAAAUCUCGAAGGUGUUUUACUUUGAGAGACAAGUUUUGCAAGUCUGAUUCUGGGUAUAAACUUGUGACAUUUGGACCUUCGAGGGUGGUACUUGUUGUGUCUAGACAUGUUGAGCUAUCUAUUCGGCCACAAAACAUCUAAUUUUCCCCUUUAGUGACCCUUUGUGAUUAGUUUCUCCUGACUGCAGUAUACUUGACGAGGACGAUAGGGGAACCUAUGCUAGCAGUCGAAUUUCGGGUCCGACUUCUUGUCUCAAUGAGGUAUUUUAGUUUUUUUUUUUUUUUUUUUUCAAAAAUCAAAAGACAUCCCUCGAUUUUACUAGUUUUAAGUAGAGAGUAGAUAUCACAACAAGCUGAUAUCGGGUCUCACAUCCGAAAGGGGUGUGAUAGAGAAGCUAGGGCAAGAAUCUAGAAUAUUGAGCACAUUUUGAGGUUAGAUGGGUACUUCCUCAUGUAGCUAACCUCCAAAGACUAUUUUUCAUUCAUUCUCGGGAUGUAGCACGGGAGGCAUUUGUACUAAAAUCUCAAGAAACACGUGAAAGCAACGCAUUGAAACGACAUCGUUUCCUCGCGCAUGGAGGCAACAAACAACCACAACCCAGCCGCCGGAAAUUCCUCAUCCUCGUCCUCGCCGCCACCACGGCGGUCAAUUUGCCCUAAUUGCAGCCGUCCACAACCAGUUUGCCUCUGCAAAUUCCUUCCAUCUUCACCAAUCGCAACCAAAACAAAAAUCAUCCUCCUCCAACAUCCUCACGAAGCACAGCACAAGCUCUCCACCACACCAAUCCUCACAAAAUGUCUCCUCAACGCAACCACAAUCGUCAAUCGCCGCCUCAAACCCGGCCUCUCCGAACUCCUCGACCGAUCUCCUCCCGCCGUCUUCCUCUUCCCACCUACGCCUCACUCCACACCGCCGAUCAACAUCUCGGAACUCAACAUAACCGCCAAUCUGGUCCUGAUUGCGUUCGACGGAACAUGGAAGCACGCGAAGGAGAUGGUGCGAUCGAGCGAGGAGUUUCUGUCGAGAUUUGCGAGAAGAGUUUGCUUGGAUUUUGAUGAGAGUGUGGAAGGCGGAAGCAUAUUUGAUUCGGAGUUGAUUCUGAGAAAGGAGCCGCACGGCGGUUGCGUUAGUACGAUGGAGGCGGUGGCAAGAUGUUUGAGAGUGAUGGAACCAGAUGGGGCGGCGAUUGAGAAGAAAUUGAUUGAAGUUCUGAGGGAGAUGGUUAGGUUACAGGCUGGGUUUUUGAAGCCCAUGAAUCCUAGGCCCAAAUUGCUUAAGAUUAAGAACAGGAAGAAGAAGAUGAGUGAAGGGGAGGAUGAAAAUUAAAAUUAAUUUUUUAAAUUUUGGCUUCUUUUGAUUUUGUUUUUUUUUUCUUUCUUUUUUUCAAUUUAGCUCUUAAAAUAUUUUAGUGUUGUUUUAAUUUAAUUUGAAAUAAUAUCUUGCUUUUUGUUCAACUUAGGGAGAUUUAGAUACAGGUUAAUCAUCACAAAUCAUGAUUUGUUCCAUGUAGGGAAAACAUCAUGUCAAAUUUAUAAUUAUAUUAACA